GAAAGGCGGCGAUGCAAAGAAAUUGUAUUGCAAUUAACAAAUUAGAAUCUUUAGAGAAAAUUUGAAUUUUGCAAGUAGUAUCUUUGUAUUAUGAAAUAUACUCUAUCAAAAAUGAAUCAUAAUAAUCUUGUAUAUGUAUACUUUUAUUUUUUACUUUUAGAUUAGAAAAAAUCCGAUAGUUCAUUAUUUUAUUCGAUCUAGAGAAAAACAAGAGAGGAAGAGAGAGAGAGAGAGAGAGAGAGAGAAUUGAUAAAAUAACAUGGAGUAUUUCUAUCGAACUUAUUGUUAGUUAUACAUAUGAAAACAUUUCUUUACCUUCGACAAUUGAAUUCAACUUCAUUUUCCGCCAUUCCAAAGUAGACGAGUACCACCAAUCGCGUUCGCCCGUCGUCCGUCAUCCAAUCACGUUCGCGAAUCCAUUACCUCCAGUAGGUAAAAGUAAAUGUAAAUAUCGUUCGGAAUAUAUAUAAUUUUGAAAAACAAGUGGAUAAUAAAACGCGAGAAUAAACAUGAGUUAAGGGAAAUCAUUAAAUAUUAGUACGAUCGAACGAUAUUCUCUCUCAGAAAAACAAGUUUGAAAUAUCGAGAGUGGGGAUAAGAGAAAGAAAGAGAGAAGGAAAGAAGGGUGGGGAGGUACGUAAGUAAACGAGCUUGUCUUUGUCGCACCGCCAUAAUGGCGCACAGGCGCACAGCGCAUUCUCACGGUGCGCCGUGGUACGAGAACGGCGCAUCAAUGGGCGGCCAGAGGGUAAGAUGGCGGAUCGUGAUUCGGAGGUGCAGGAGGAGGAAAAAGAAGUGCAGCAGCGGCAGCGACAGAAGCAGGAGCAGCGCCGAACGAGAUCUGAGGUUAAGGAGGACGGCAUUCGCGGAAUGAACGCGAGCGUCCAUCCUAUAAACGAUACGACGAGUGUGAUGACCACGACGAUAAUGGCGUCGACAACGAGUACGACCACGGCGACGGCGACGACAACGACGACGAAUACGACCGCGGUGAAUACUGUGAUCAACAAUGGUCGAGUGCCGCAACAUAAUCUUGUCAAUCAACAACAACAACAACAACAACAACAACAACAACAACAACAAAUGAAUAAUCCGAAUGUUGGACAAGGACCGAGAUGUGUUACCAUCUACAAAACGGAGACUGGCUUUGGGUUCAACGUUCGAGGUCAGGUCAGCGAGGGUGGACAAUUGAGAAGUAUCAACGGCGAGCUUUACGCACCCUUGCAACACGUCAGUGCUGUUUUACCCCGAGGUGCCGCAGAAAAGGCCGGCGUUCGCAAGGGUGAUCGAAUACUCGAGGUCAACAACGUGAACGUUGAGGGUGCCACUCACAAGCAGGUCGUCGACUUGAUAAAGUCUGGUGGUGACGUACUGACGUUGACGGUGAUAUCCGUGACACCACAAGAAGCUGAAAGGCUAGAACCUUGUGAGGAUCUAAGCUAUCCACCGAUAGACUAUAGCGAGAAACGAUCCUUACCCAUUAGUGUACCGGAUUACCAUGUCCGUGAAAGGAAACACGAACGUUACGUUGUUUUCAAUGUACACAUGGCUGGAAGGCAUCUGUGUUCUAGACGUUAUCGUGAAUUCGCUGCCCUUCAUAUGGCCCUGAAAAAGGAAUUUAUUGGAUUUAAUUUUCCGAAGUUACCUGGAAAAUGGCCUUUUCAAUUGACGGAACAGCAAUUGGAUGCCAGAAGACGAGGUUUGGAACAGUAUCUUGAAAAAAUCUGUGCCGUACGUGUAAUUGCCGAGAGCGAUGCUAUGCAAGAAUUUCUAACCGAUAAGUUAGACGAGGACGGUGACCAAGGUCCAGCGGUUGACCUAAAGGUUCUUUUACCUGAUCGCGAGGUCGUUACCGUGACGGUCGUGAAAGCUGCUUUGGUCAAGGACGUCUACGAUGCGGUGUGUAGUAGAGUCGGACUUGAUUCGGAAACCGCCAAGUAUUUUUACCUCUUCGAGAUAGUCGAGUACAAUUUCGAGAGGAAACUUCAACCUCACGAGCACCCGCACACACUUUAUAUUCAGAAUUACUCGACGGCGAGUGCGACGUGCCUAGCGAUAAGGAGGUGGUUGUUCAAUGUAAAUAGGUCUCUUAGCGAGCAAGCCCUGACGUGGAUCUUUUGGCAGACCGUUGACGAGGUCAACAGGGGACACAUUAGCGCUGGCGAACGAUUGUAUCAGUUGAAGGCCCUUCAGGAUGCAUCUAGAAAGCACGAGUAUUUAAAAUUGGCGAGAGAGUUGAGCGGAUACGGCGAUAUCGUCUUUCCACAUUGCGCUUGCGACUCCAGGAAGGAAGGACACGUUGUCGCAGCGGUUGGCAUGGCAGCAUUUAAAUUACAUGCAGCGAAAGAGGAUGGUACCUUAGAAUCUCAAGUAGUCGAAUUUCAAUGGAACACCAUAACCAGAUGGGAGGUAGACGAUGAAGGCAUGGCCUUUUGUUUUCAAUAUACUCGACAAGAUAAUAGGCCGCCACGUUGGUUGAAAGUUUUCACACCUUAUUAUACCUUCUUGUCUGAUUGCUUCGAUCGAAUAGCAGAAGAGGCGAAGUGGGACGAUCCCGGAGAAUGACGCAGUAUUCGUCGUUAAUAUGUUUUUUCUUUUCUUUUUUCUUUUUUUUUCAUUUUUUAUUCUUUCAUCUUUAAAUACCGAUCAUUUAUAAUGACGAUCAACUCGCAUUGAUCUUCGUAAUCUGGACAUUUGAUAGGAUUAUUGUUAUAACUUAAUCAGUGCGAUUGAACGAAGUAUCGUUUAUCAUAUCAACAAUGUCGCGCUUUUCUCUCGUUCACUUUAGAAAGAUAUAUUCGUUUUAUUAAUACGAAUCUUAUAAACAUGUCAUUACAUAUAUUUUCAUAUAUGAUACACGUAAUAAUAUAACGUUCGAACGUUAUAAUAUCUUCCUUUGUUGCUUUUCUUUUUGCAAUAGUAUAUUAGAAGAAAUUAUAAAGAAUCAUAUAAUUUCAGAAUAGUAUUUAAUUCUUAUUUCUUACUCUUUAUUUUUUUGUGUGCUUUCUUUUUUUAUAUUUUCGUUUUUUUCUUCUUUUUUUUAUGUAAGAUCUGUUAUCUUACCUCACUUUAUCUAUACUGUCGCGUUAAUAAUAGAAUACAAAGGAAUUAUAUAAGACGACGUCGGGUAAGAAAUGAAAGAAUAUGAGAGAUCGUAUAAAUAACGCCUAGUGUCGGUAUAUAAUUUGGCCUAUAAGUUAUUUCCUAGAACGUGUAAUUCGAUUUCUCGUUUCAGAAACAAUCGAAUUAUAAAUUGUUCCUUCUUAUUAGCCUAAUAUACAUAUAAAUAUAUACAUACAUGCAUACAUACAUGCAUACAUACAUAUAUAUAUAUAUAUAUAUAUAUAUAUAUAUAUAUAUAUAUAUAUAUAUAUUAUUCUCUCUUUAAAUUUCUUUUACGAAAGCUUACCAUAUUCUUCGUUGACUUAAUAAACAAAGUAUUAUGUGCUUCGUUCGAGUUUACACCUCCUUGUACUAUCUCUCAAAUUUCAAUGUGCUUUUAUUAAAAUUUUUACGCUUAUUGAAAGCUUAUUGAAAUCUUUGAGAUAUUCCACUUGAAGUCUCUUCAAAGAUCGAAAAUGUUGGAAGGCUAUUAAUUAACAUUUUCGAUUUGUAUUAUAUAUUAUUCCAUUACUCGUUCGUGAUCAUCUUGUAUACGUUAAAAAAUGAAAAUGAAAUGUAAUGUAAUGUAAUGUAAUGUAAUGUAAUGUAAUGUAAUGAAAUAUUUGCAACGGAUGAUGUGUGUUUUGAAAAGUCAAGAGAUUCACAAUUUAUUGUAUCUAUAGAUGCCUAUUUUUUUAAAUUAAUGAAUUAUUAAUACGUUCUACGCGUUUAGAGUAAAUCUCUGAAUUAUUAUAAAAAUAUUACGUUGUAAAAUUAAUUGAAAACAUAGAAAAGAAAGAGAGUAAUGGAGCACGCCUGACAUAAAACAAGGUACAUAUUUUCCCCAGUACUUCGGUGAUUAACAAUACUCAUUAAAUAGUACUACUGAUAAGAGGAGUUGCUAAAUAAUAAUAGUAAUAAUAAUAAUAAUAAUAAUAAUAAUAAUAAUAAUAAUAAUAAUAAUAAAAAUAACAGUUAUUAAUAAUGAUGAUGAUAAUAAGAGAAUUAAGAAUUUUAUAUAUAUAUAUAUAUAUAUAUAUAUAUAUAUAUAUAUAUUCAAUAUGAGGAAUAUUAUUCUCGGCGAAAGGUCAACUUUUAGAAGCACCUUCGUCAUGUCACGACAUAAAUACGAACGAUAAACUAUUUAAAACAAAUUUAAUAAUUUUCUCUCUUUUUUUUUUUUUGUUGAUUUUUAUGGACUAUUAAUUUGUGCAUCAUUGUACAGUUUCAUAACAAUAUUGUUCUCAUUCAUAUUUUGUUGUAUUGUUGCAAACGUUUCUCGUUCGAGUAUAAUCUUGACUAUAGUAUAUGUAAAAUAAAGAAGUGAAUACACGUUAUAUACAUAUAAAUACACAUACAUGUACACGUUACAUAUAACACGUACGCUUAUGAAUACACCCAUACAUACAUAUAUACAUAAAUAAUUGUCGUUAAUGUUUUUAAACUUUAUGCAGAAUGCAUCGCGCGAAUGAAAGAAGAAAUGUAGAAUUGAGCGAUGUGAAAUUUUGUUAGACUAUACAUACACGUUUUCGAGAGUAUAGUAACAAUAAUGUUAAUAGUUAUAAGUAGAUAAAUAUAUCAAUGUAAAUGAAAAGAAAAAAGGAGAACGCAGAAAUAUACGAGUAAUUAUAGUUGUAGCUAUGUCAGUUGAUUAUGCGAUAAUGAUGAUGAUGAUGUGGUGAUCAUCAUCAGUACCAUAUACACACACACAUAUAUAUAUAUAUAUACAUAUAUGUGUAUAUGUAUAUAGUAUAUUCGGUUUUUGUAAGUAUACAUACACGGUAUUAUUUCAUAGACUUAAUAUAUAAUAAUUUCUUGUAACAUUAUUCAUUUGAAAAAAUUUUAAUUUAUACCUUUAACGGACUAUGUGAUAAUUCUGUAUGUAUAUGUAUAUACUCAUAUAUAUACACACACAUAUAUAUACAGACACACACAUAAAACAUAUAUAUAUACAGAAUUAUCACAUAGUCCGUUAAAGAUACAAGUACACAUGCAUAGAUAUAUACAAAAUAUAUAUAUGUACAUACUUAAACCGAAUAUACUGUAAAUACACAUAUACGCGUAUGUACCUAUUAUUUGCAAAAUGGGAUAGAUAGAGAAUAAUUUUCAAAACAUAUUGUAAAACUUAUAAAAAUUAUAUAGGAAGUGUAUGUAAAAAAAAGUACACUAUUGAUCGUUCGACGUAUAUCGUCAAAAAAGAACGAAAGAACAGAAAUUGAAAAGUAUUCAGAUGAUAAGUCUACAACGAGAACGAACAGUCCUUUCGUAUAUUUAUCACAUUCCAUUAUUUUUUUUUUUUUUUUUAAUAGCUUGUUAUAUUCGUUACAAUAAAAUUAUGCCGCGCGUGCGAAUUAUUUGACUAACACGUCCUUAAUAUUUAUGAUCUGAACGUUGUUUCCAUGAGGCCAUGAAAGAGAGAGAGAGAGAAACCUAUCGUUUGAUUGAUCUAUAUAUACUGGUAUUUAUCUGCUGUCAUUUAACUCGAGAUAAUUCUAAACGAAUUAGCAGCAUACUGUUUAUAUGCCGUCGAUAAAUUAGCAGCAAGCUUAGAGAAGCAAAGGAACCGUAAGACUAAUUUAUUACAAGAAUUCGUCCAAAUGAACAGCCAAGUUAUUUAGUGGAAUCUCUGACGAAAAUUAAAUAACGAAGAAAAAGAAAGAAAGAAAGGAAGAAAAAAAAAUUGAAAGGAUUAACAAAAUUAGUUAGUACAUCGCAUAUAUAUAUAUAUAUAUAUAUAUAUAUAUAUAUAUAUAUAUAUAUAUAUAAUAUACAAGAAAUAGAGAGAGAUACGUGUUUCCGAAGAAAAGAUUCCUUUCUUUCGUUAGUCUGAUAUUCACUGUUAUCAAUUACAUAUUGUAGUUAUUAUCACAUCGGUAACACGUAAUCCAAUUUGCUUUAAUAAAACUUAGGAGAAAAUAAAUAAAAAAUAAAAAAGAAUAAAAGUGCGAAACUGGAACGAAUUGCAAUUUGUCGAGAGGGAAAAAAGACAAACGACGGGACAACUAUAUUAGGUAGCAUAAUAAAAAUGAUAAUGAUAAUAAUAAUAAUAAUAAUAAUAAUAAUAAUAAUAAUAAUAUUAAUAAUAUUAAUAAUAAUGAUAGUAAUAAAAUAAAAUAAUAAUAAUAAUAAUAAUUUUCAUUAUCGUUAUUGUACAGCGAAGUCAUAUCAUUACGGUUAAUCGUUUAGAAAUUAAUAAUUAACAAAUUAAUUAAUUAAUUGUAGACCGUGAUAAAAGUAUGCUCCGAAUUUGUCGGAAGAAAUAUUAUCAAUUUUUUCAGAUUUUUUUCAGUCGAAUAGGAAAGAAAAAAAAAGAUUCUAUUUCGUGUUUAGGUAAAUCGUAGUUAAGGUAAAUUAUUUUUUUCUUCUUUAAAUUCUGUUUUUUCUCUUUUUGUUUACUCGAACGAUCCUGUUGCAAAAAUAUAAGAGAGAGAGAGGAAAAUAAAAAGUACGCUAAUAAAAAUGCA